CCGAAAGUGAGGCGGUGGCUUAAUUCUGAAGCAACAAAAUUGGUCAAAACUCUGCAAUACGUUCUCUUCUCUCAUCAGACCCCAGACCAGAUCUCCUUCUCUGUACAAAAAACCUUUCUCUUCCAUCUAACCUUCCUCUUCUUAAACCCUACCACCAACUCUCCUCUUGCGAUUUUAGGAAUCCUCCACCGCACUAGUGGGAAACAAAGUGUCGGCGUUCCAUCUACUGUGUUUCUUCUCGAAAAUGAGAAACUCGAAGGCAAAACCACCCCGGAAGUGCUGCCGAGAAUCAGCCACAAAAUCGCAGUCGACGAUGCACGAGAAGAAGAGAAAUUCAACAGCAGCACUGAUGAAGAAACCAAGAUAUGGAAUUUGAGGCAUUGGGAGCCAAUUGAGGCUUCACCAAGCGAGAACUGUUUGACAAGCGAUACACUUCGGCAGUACGAUAGGAUGCCCCUGACUGAUCUGCUCAACUCCAAAGUAAUGGUUAGACGGGAAGAAGAGAGAACAUCCAGUUUUCAAGCUCAAGUUCUCCCUUCCAUCAUUGGAUUGCUUAGAAUCGUGAGUCAAUGUGCUCCUCAUUUCGUGGAUUGA